UUUGCGCAGGUGGCGCUAUCGGUCGCGUUCGCGCAUGCGCUCGUCAGUCACUCGUAUAAAUGAACACUGACAGAACCCCCUAAUUUUAUUUUUAUUUAAAUUAAAUUAAAUACAAAAUACCAAACCAAAAAACCGUUACACAAACUUAAACUUUUCGUUUCGAAAAAGUUUAUGAAGGUAUUGAUGAAAACGACUGUGUUGAGUUCAAUGUUUUAAGUGUUUUGAUGAAUAAAAAAUCGAUUUACACUGAGCUAGCCUCUUUAUGUUGAUUUUUGUGUUAGAUUUGUGUUUUUUACAUUGUUGAUUUUGGCGACAAGUUAGGGCAUUCUAACUGUUGGUGCGGUUGGAACAGGUUUUUAAAACGGUAGAGUUAUUCGUGGUGUUUUCGUUGUUUAUGUACGCGUGUAUGGACCUAUAGUUCGCGAUAGGCAAAGUGAGUGAACCUCUUACCAAGUGAUGCUGUGAUAUUUGUACAAAUAGUUUGGCGUAACUUCAUCUGUGCAUGAUAAUCGAGCGUGUGCGAGGCGGAGGACGGCAGGCGGAGGGCAAAUGAUGAUCGCGGAGUGCGUGCAGACUCGCGCUCGGCGAAAUGGCCGCGCUCUCCUGCUACCAGCCGUGCCGCUCGCACCUCGCACAGCCUGCUAGGUGCUUCGACGACGACGAAGAAUCAGCAACACUUACAGCGCGAAGACGUCAGUUCAUCGAAAGAUGUCACGAGGCGCGGACGGGGCGGCACCGGGACCUCAUACCUGAGGUGUCCGUCAAGCGCACCAGGGAGGAGCUGGCAAAGCAUGCGGCACAAAGCGCGACACUGACGAGGCGGCUCAACGUCGAGUCCGGCUGGUCCAAGGUCGAGGAGGUCAGGAAGAAGUUCGAGGGCGUGGCCACAUCACCUGCAUACUCCAGAUCCUUUGAAUCACCGCCUAGGCGUCGUCUAGCAGAUUCGUUGUUCGCCAGUUUCAAGCUGCCCCGCAAGAAAGACAUGGCGCAACCGCGUUCUCUGAUGCCGCAGCAGCAGCAGAAGCGGAAGUCCGCCGUGGAACUGCUGGCGGAAUCCAAAGCGUUCUAUGUCAAGUCUGAAACCGUACUGGAUCGGAAGCAAGAACUGCCUUUGAGGGUAAGCAGCGGGCUAAGUCAAGCGAUAGCAGCCGGGGGCUGUCAUCUAGUCAGCUCCGGCACUCUGAACAAUGAGGCCUGCUGUAAUCCUUAUGCAACAACUCGGAUAGCUAGCACUAGAAGGGCGGUGAGCGCGGGCGAAGGUUUGCAGAACACGUUGCGAAGGUUGCUGGAACAUUCUGACAGUAGAGAGAAUGUGUACUCACCGGCUUAUGUCUCGCAAAAAAUGUUCUCCGAAGCACGCCGGCUAAAGGAUACGUAUCCGGAACGAGAGAUACCCCGUUCCCAGCACACGUCCGGAACUUUCUCCGGAACCUCAUCAUCCGGAACUUCCGGUUCCAAACAUAAAUCGGAAGAUAAGAGUCGGCCGGUAAAUUUCGGAGAUGCGAGAGUAUUCUUUCCGGAAUCUUUCGUAAUACCACGACAGAGGCCUAGCGAAGUAGUUAUCAAGAGUGCAUAUUCAAUACCAAGCCCCCAGUCAAGUCCGCAUCAGUUACCAGACGACAUCUCCCGCAGCGGCGAUCAGUUGGAAGCCAUCAGCCCGCCUGCUGAAUAUGCUCACUCCGCACCUAGAUAUAUUAGAUCAAAUUCACAUUCACAGCCGAGCGCACGUGAAGACGACAGCACAAAUAUUAACAGCCAUAAAUCGUUACCAGACUUGCAUGCCCAGGCGCACGUCUAUCCUGAACAUGUGAAUGUAGUAGUGGGCACAGAGUCGAUAGGACGGUCGCCGCGACGAAGGCGGCAUUCAGCUCACCAUCGUACUGCAUCUUGUUCUUCUAAAGGAACAAGAUCAAACCAUUCCUCUCUGAUGUCAUCUUGCGAUGCAUUUUCUGAGCAUCCUUCGCCUGGUGAAGAAAAUUAUCAAUCAUAUAAUAGCCGCUGUGGUUCGUCGUUCGCUCGAGAUUCGGGCGGCUCCAGUGGUCACUACACGCAACGCAGCGCCCCGCCUCACGCGCGAGACAACACCAAUACGCACCAUGAAAGAAACAGAGGCUACGCGUCAUGGCAAGCCAACAACGGCAGUACCCUGGAGCAGUGCUACGUGUCGGCGCCGCCGCAGUUCCAGGACGGCGCGCCCUCGCCCCCGCCGCCCUACCCGCCGCACCCGCACCCGCAUCCGCACCCACCGCACCCGCGCGUCGGCAUACACUUCCAAGCGAGCGCACCUCCACCCCAGUUCCAAGAUGAACCGCCGCUCUACGACUAUGGAGACUAUGACUGCACGUACAAAACCCCGCUUAAGUGCCUCAACGUGGGUAGGAAGGAGUACGCCAACGCCAGGGAGUAUACCAGAUACCACGAACCAAGUACGGAGCUGAUCAGCAAACAGCCUCAGUACCAGGAAUCGCGUAUGCGACCGCGCGUUGAUGACAAGCAGGAGUAUGUCAAUACUGCACAGAUUUGUCCGCCAGAGGAAGUGACGUCACCGCUGGGCACGUUUAAACGUCAAAGGUGCCUUCGAUACAAGCAAAGGCGGCCAAGACCUAUAUUGCGCUCAAAAUCAGAUAUAUCAGACAGGUACAGACGCACAGACGGCCGCAGUCCAGCCUCUGCACCGUGCGACGGAGAAGAUUCUCCAGAUAGUCCAUCUGGAGAAUCAGUGAGGCUGCAGCAAUUCUUCGACUAUUUGGGCAUGGACUCGAGACAGUACGAUGGACUUAUCAAGGACGGGGAUGAGGACAGUCCGGUGUUCUUCUCGUCUGCGUCUACUGUGGACUCUAAUCAGUUGGCAGCUGCUGCGGACUAUACGGUCCAAGGCCCGGGAGUCCAAAAGCAGAUCUAUCGGAACACAGAGCCGCCGAGCGUGGUGGAACGAAAUGCGAGAAUUAUCAAAUGGCUGUGUCAGUGUCGGAAAGCUCAAAUACAACCGCCUCAGUAGAUAACGAUUUUUAAACAUAAGUUACUCUAACAAAUGACAAGAUCUUUUAAGAUCUUUUCGCAAAACAAUUAGUUUGUAUAAGUAUUGACCUUGACUUGUUUGAUAUUGAUAUCAUAUGACGAAGAGCGUUUGCAAUAUGCUUAGGUAUGGAAAAAUUUGACGGUCGUCGCAUUUUAAAUAAUUUGACAAGACAAAGACAACAAUACAUCCAAACAAAACAAUAAUUCGAAAGAAUCAAACCAUAGAACUUUUUGAUUUUUGCAGUUCAAUGUUGCUUUCAAAAAUUGAUAAAAAAAUACCAACUUAAUAAUAUUGCCAACUUUUGUGUGCAACUUUGUAACAAAUACAUAUUAUCCACAAGUCAACUUUAAGGUGCAAGAGACGGGUUUACCCGCGAAAUUCAAAUUUAAUUCGGUUUUACGUAAUUUGUAAAUUAGCUUUCAAGUAAAGAUUUUUAUAUAAACCUGUGAGGAUGAUACUGCCAUUGGCGCAAUUAAAGUGCCAUAAGCCUAGUUUGUCGUAUUAGUUUACAAAUUGCGAAAAACCAAAUUAAAUUUGAAUUUCGCGGGCAGACCCGUUAAAAUCGACUUCCAUAAUCUGUUCCAUUGAGUUAGGCUUGUGAACGAAGAAAUAAAUCUAGCAUUAAGUUUUGCGUUGAAAAACAUUUCGUGACCGGGUUUCGUGAAAUCGAUAUAAUGAUUGAUGAUGAUGUGAUGAUCAAUAACGAAAACUAUACUUAAUUAUUUUACAAUAAUAGCUGAUGUUUCGAAUGUCGACUGUUAAUUAUAUAAGUGACCCCUGUUCACUAGUUUAGGCAGAUUAAAUUUAAAAUCUUACUUUAAUAAUAAUUACAUUAAGUAUAUCGAAUUAAGCUGAAGUGCAAUUGCCAACAAUUUCAUUAAAAAUAUUAUUGUAUAUUUCUAACAUUACUUGAUAACUUUUGAAUAUAAAAAUAAAUUGACAUAUUAAAGUCAAUUUAUACUGUUUAAAGUGUUUUUUAGGUUACAAAUGUUAUAAUUAUUACUACUUUACUUAAAAAUCACUUAUUAUUUUAAAUCCGGUGGAUAAUCGAAAUCUUCGUUUACGAAUAAUCUAGUCAAAAAUAUCUUUUAAGUUAAUGAAAUCGUUGGCACUGUAGUUCAGCAUCAUUUGUAAACCUUUAUAAUAAAUGAUAAAAUAAUUUGGAUUUCUUUUGAUGGGUUUUAUAACGGUUACAUUAAUUUCAAAUAUAGAAACUAUCUUAUCUUAUGCUAUCACUAGAAAUACUGGUAGUAUUUUGUAUUUGGUAAAGGAUUUUGGUAUGAAUAAAUUUGCAUUUGCAAAGAUCUCGCAAAUCUCGUUCCUCAAAAGUCAGUAUGACUAGAUAUUUCAAAUUAUAUCAUCAGUAAUUAUUAUUUUAGUAAUGCUAUUUAUUGUAAAGAUUUACAAAAUAAAUUAUUUCUCAAUAUAGAUAGAAGGUGUAAGUAAUAGCUAUCUGCUAUAGUAUAAUAUUUUUGAACAAAUAAAAAAACUAAGUAAACAUUCGAUAAAAAAUUAGUAAAGAUAUUUUCGUCUUUUAAACUAUGUACAAGACGCGAGCUUAGAUAGGAGCCUUUCAAAAAAUGGAAUACAAAUUCUGAGCUCAAAAAUCGAUAAUACCAACUCGUUAGAUGUCGCUAGUAAAAUAUGAAAUUAUUUCAAAACUGACUUAAAUAUAAAAAAUAAUAUUUCAACACUGACUACCUAUACCUUUUUAAAUAAUUUUGAUUAUUGAGUAAAAUUUGUUUAUAAGUUGUUUUAACACCGAAGAUAGCUGAUAGUUUAACUAUCGCAUGCAUUCAUGUUUGCAUAGUUUCUGGUAUAAAAACGAUAAAACAAAACUAAAGCCGUAACGAAAAAUUCAAAUUUUUCAUACACCGUUAUAAUGUUGCUAUACUUUAUUACAUUUGAAUUCGUUUGGCAAGAAAUAUUUGUGUCUUAAAAAUUCUAAAUUGUACUGUAUAUUGUAUAUGAGUAUAAAAUCGUUAUAAAAUACAAUGUGCUUACAUUUUGAUCUAAGAAUGUACUAUACUUAAAAAUAUUAUUUAUCUCAGUUUUUUGAUCAUAAUUAAUUAUAAUGAAUAUUAAAAAGUUUAUUGUAAUAAUUGUAAGCCAAAUAUUAAUUGAUCUUUUAAUAUAUUUAAUUUGUUGUUUGGCGUGUUUCUUCAGCUAUUAUUAUCAUCAUUAUAAUUAUAUGUAUUAUGUUUGUGUCUAUUGCAUUUCAUUUCCAUAAUAAUUAUGUAUUUGUAAAAGAUGUUCCUGUUACGGAUUUGUCAUUAUAUUAACAUAGAGUUAGAUCAUUUUCAAUUUAUAUUUAUAAUGUAAAUUAAGAUGAAAGAAAUUAUUAUCAUGGGCGUAGACGAAAAAUUACGGAAAAUGGGGCACGGGCUAUUUCAAAAGUUUUUGGCUCUAUUCUACUUCAGUUACAUUACAGUUAUACAGUUCAGUUACAUUUAUGUUACUGAUGCAUGGUAAAUAUGUAAUAAUAAUAUAUUAUUGAAAUCAAAUAUCUCCGGUAUUUAUACAAUAACUAAUAAGUCCACAGUCGGGCUCCACCUUCACAAAGUCCUGUUUUGAUUUAGAAUAUCACUCUUUAUGUAUACAACAUGCCAAACCCUAUUUAAUUUCAAACUUACCUAUAUACGGGCCAACAUUUUAACCAAGCAAAGUUUUUAGGAGAAAAAAAUGGGAACAGUUAUAACACACCACGUGACUUGACGCCACGCGCCAAAUCAGACGUGGUACCUGUUUAAUCUGGGUAAUAUUUUCUAUGACAAAUAAUUACGGCAGUUCCAAUCAGUACAGAUCUCAACAAUUAGUAGCAUGUUAUAGUGCAUAAGUGUGGAGACCAGAACCAGAAACAUAAACUUCUAGAAACUUCUUCCGAAAUUUACAUAAACCGAGUCAAAACAGUGAAGCAAAGAAUCAAGUCCGUUAACAAUUUAGCCAGAUCAAACAAUAGGUAAUAAGAGCGAAUAGGUAAAGUAUCAGACGGAAACCGGCGCACAGAUUGCACAGAUUCGCGCGAGCGGCCGUCGGCGGCGGCGCGUCGCGGCGGCGCGGGCAUGGGAGGCGCGAGGGCCCGCACGGGAAGCGGGCGGCCGGCACACAAACACACUACUCGUUCACACAUUGAUAACUCGUUUGGUACUCAUGUGAUCGGGCGCAGCGCGACGGCAAUAGUUUCUUCCAAUACCUAGGUACUCGAUAAAUUUCUUUCGUCUAAGGUUUGCUCUUAAGAGAUGGCAAUCUGACACGCUCAGGCGCUGGACAGGACUUUUGUGUUCCCAAAAGAACUCUGUGAUGUUCUCCGACGUAUAGGGAUGUAACACCGCCAGUUUUCCAACUCGGGGCUGCUACUAAUAAAUUUUUUAUGCUCGACAGAUAACACACUGAGACCUCAUUAUCAGUGACGAAUAAGCUAGCUAUUCAAUCAGCGAGGCAUGAAUUAGAAAACCUGACAUAACGAGAAAUCAAAUGUUUGUAGUAUGUUCAGCUACGCCGCAAACGUUGCAGGCAGGUGGCAUGAUAAAGUGAUAAUAGGAGUACAAUAAAUUGCAGAACCAUUUAAGUACAGUGCCCGGCAGGAAAAUAUUGUACAUCGAACUUUGGAAUGAGAACGAAUUCGUAGAGCGUUGUCUCUGUCUCUGAAACCGACAAAAAGGUCACUCAGGUAUGAGUGACAGAGACGGCACUCUACGAAGCCAAAACUCUUUAUAAAGUUCGAUGUAGUAUUUCCUGCCUGGGCUGUAUUAUUAUUAUUUUUAAGCCUAAAGUAACUGGAAGAGAAAUAUGACAAUAUCACAAUAAAACGAAAUAAUUCUAAAGCAUAAUAUUAAUUAAUAGUUAUUCCGAUGUAACACAAUAAAUAAUGGUCUAAUUGUAAAUAAAUAACACAGGUCUUAAUUCACUUGUUUAUCUAUCGUAGAAAUAGGAUUUGAAUGUCUGCUUUUUCAUGCUCCACUAAAUAAUGAUCUUAUAAAAAUGUCAUGGUAAUGUUACACAGUUAAAUUGAAAAAAAAAAAUUUACAAGUUCCGCAACAUAUCACCUAUCGGACAUCGGAUGUUUUUCUUCAAUUAUUUAUUCGUCAAUUAUUUUGUACUACACGCAUUUACGUUUGUGCUAAAUACUGCAGCAUUUAUAAAAGACUGCCACUUUCGUUCCCAAUUUGUUAUUUCUGUGAUAUACUAUCAAAUAACUUAAAUGGUGUGUCAGUCUGUAAUACUACAAUUAUUACUGAAUUUUAUCAUGUUCAUGUUUUUAACAUACAUUUAAUCAGUUUUAAAUGGGACACUGUACAAAGAAUGUUGCGUCUGCGUCUCUUCAAAGUCAAAUGAGAGUCCUGUUGAAUUCGACAAAUGUUGAUUUAUUUACUUGUAAAUGUAAUAAAAGAGAUUGAAUUAAUCAGGCUUUUGAUAGUCUGUUUCAAAGUAAUCAUAAUUUUACAAUUAACUAAUGCAACAUUCUUUGUGUAUUAAUCCUUUAGGUAUGAAUGUUUAACCGAUUAUGUAGUAAGACGAAGUAGAAUUCUCUUUUCUUAUUAUUGAGUACUAAAAUGGUUAGAGUUACAGUAUUAGAUUGUUUAGCAUGGGAUGCUUCCAUUAUUUGUGUAAAUAAGAUUUACGUACUUUGUUAGGAUUUUAACGUAAAGAAAGAAACUAUAUUGUGGUCUGAUGA